UCCGAAGCAGCAGGGGGCGCUGAAGUGACACAGCGAGGGUUACAUUUGCACGUGACAAAAUACGGAACUCAUCGGUGUGCCCCUGAAUGCUGAGGGGGAACUUUGGGUUACAUUUUUAAAGUCAAAGCUUACCGUGUGCAAUGACUUUGGAAAUAACUGUUGACCCGAUGAUUUGCACGCCGCGAAUGUUUUGGAUUUGAGUGAAUAAUGGCGGAAAACUGGGCCGAGAGGAUCUCCGCUUUCUCCCACAGUCCGUCUCGCUUCCUCUCCGGGACAACAGCCGAGGCUUUCCUCGCAGAGCUGCUCCGGGAGCUCCGAGAUGACAGAGCCAGUUACAGUGUUAAGGUCCUCCUGUUGUCCCCGCUGUGUGAGCACCCGACUCUGCUGUGUCCCUCAGACUCGGUGGGCGAGGAGACGGCCCUGGAGCUCAUGUCAGUGUUGGACCAGUGUCCUCCCAAGUCCGUCCAGUUUCGAUGUCACCUCCUCCUGGCCCUCACCUCCGUGCUGGUCUGCACCUCCUGCGUGAGCAUCCGCUCCUGUGCAUCUCAGGACUUCCUGGACCUGCUCCUUCAGAUGGCCCAGGAUACCGGUGACCUGCACGGGGACGGGGCUCUUCGCUCUCUCCGGGCCACGGCAUGCGACUGCCUGCGGGAGCUGGAGGCCUGCUCCCCAGGCCUUCUCUCCCAGCGCCUGGAGCUCUUAGGUGGGCUCCGGCAGCAAGAAACCUCCCGGCUCCACCAGGCCUACGCUGGACUCCACACCCUGGUGUUGAGAAACGCCGUGUAUCAGCUCACCCAGGACAAAAGGGCUGGUGCUGAGCAUCUAAAGGCUCUUCUGGGAGGAAACGCAUCGGUGGCAUGGGAGGCAGAGCAGGACACAGGACCAAUGAAUGACAAAGACCCCUCAGCCAUACUGUCUUCUCUCAUCCUGGGACCCAUGGGUACCGUGCCGACCCUCCAGACCGGGCCCGACUGUAAGGAGCUGCGUUCGGUCCUGUCCUCCCUCCUGGAGGAGUCCUACCUCCUGACUCCUCUGUGCCAGGCUGCAUUGCUACAUAGACUGAUAGAGGUGGUUGCCAUGGUGCCUGGUGUCACUCCGGCCGUAUUCAGAGCUGAGCUGCUGCGACUGCUGGGCACGAGUGAGGUUUCCCUCCUCCACACCACUCUGCUGAUGAAGUCAGCGUUCACCGACAGCCUGUUCAGCGCCGAGGACGAAGCUUUCAUCCUCCAGCGGCUGGUCGUUCUCUCCCAGCAUCCCCUGCUGACUACGCCCGAGAAGCUGUUCUACAUGGACUGCCUCCUGCACUUCCCCGAGAACCGGCCGAUCGGCUGCGGUGGCGACGGCGAUGAGAGCCUCCCCGUGCUGCUGACCCCGCGGCUGGCCUCGGCGCUGGCGCCCACCGUGUUCAACGACAGCGCCACGGCACUGGCCCGCAUCAACCUGCUGUCUCUGGUCUAUCUGGAGGAGGCGGAGGGGGAGGGGGAGGAGAGCAGGGGGCUGGCCUUCCUCUACGAGCACCUCACCUCGCUGUUGCGCGUCGUGGCGAACGGGGGCGGCCGGGAGAUCGUGGUCACCUUUUUCAGAGCCGCCUUCCUCUUCCUGUCCUACUUCUGCCACGUGGAGCACUACUGUCACAGCCUGACGGAGGAGCUGUGUAAGCUCUACCUCCGCCACACCCGCCUGGCCCCGCACGUCAUCAACCUGGCCGACCAGGUCCAGGACAAGCUCGCAGAGUCCGACUGGGCGGUGGGGUUUCUGAGGGCCCUCCAGGGGGUCAUCGCCGAGGCCCCAGCCCGGCUCACCUCACGAGACCUGAGCUGGCACCUCAAGACGCUGGCCCGCGUGGCAGAGGAGGGAGAGAUCCCCCAGGACAGCACCGUCAGCUUCCUGUCCAGCGUCAUCGCUCCGUCUUCAUCCGCUCCGUGCGCCAGCGGCGACUGGCGCCUUGGUAACAGCCUGCUGGGGGUUUGCCGCCGCCUCCUUGUUCACCCCAGCCUGGACGCGCUGCUCCUCCCUCUGGCCGACGUCCUGCAGCAUCUCACCCACCGCUACGGAGACACGGACAUCCAGGACCACGCCCGCCUCUACUACGCCCUUCUGACCACGCUGUCCAGGGAGAAGCUGGCCCGGGUUCUGGCGCAGGGUUCCGCUGAGGGAGGGCGGCAGGUCAAGAAGCGAACGCUGUCCUGCAUCGUGGCAGAGAGUGAGGGCUUGGCGAGCACGCUAAGCAUUCACCAGACGGAGAGGUCGAUAUUCCAGCUGAUCGAGGCCCGUUCUGAGCCUCAAGGAGAAACACAGACUGAUAAAGGAAGCGACCUAAACCAGAAUGAGACUGAACCGGCAGAGGCCAAAGCAGCUCUGGUAGAAUACCGAGCUCAGUUCGACGUCCCCGGCUUCGCCUCAGAAAUCACCUUAAACUACCAGCUGACUCACAUCGCCGACGCCAACGACUCCCACUUCGAUCAGCUCUUCAGCAUCCACGUCCACUUCAGCCUCACGGACGACCACUAUGAAGAGCUGGCCGACAUCAGCGUCCCGUGUCUGAUCAGAGGGCGGCCGGCGCCCGAGGUCAGGCUGAGGCUGAAGCCCAGGAGGCCCUACCCCACCACGCUCAACGCCAGCGCCAUCUUCACCACCCAGGACGGCCUCUCCUGGCUCACCGACCUGCCGCAGGUCCACGUGGCCUUCCAGCAGGCCUUCGCUCGGCUGCCCGCUCCCCCGGCGUGGGGGCGCAGCGGCAGACUGAGCCUGUUCGAGGGUUUGUGGGAUGAGAUCGGCGCAGAGGACUCGGCGGACUGUGCUACCAGCCUGUUCUGCUGCCAGCUGAAGGAGGGGACUCUCGCUGCCUUGGUGGAGAAACACUUCCUUCCCUACCUCAUAUCAGACCUGAGCGAUGAAGAGGAGUUCAAAGUGCUUUUCUUCCUCCCGCCACGCUCUCACGUGCUCCUGAAGAUCCAGCCGGGAGACCCCGUGCACUUCAACAUCGCCACGGAUAACUGGCAGCUUCUGCGUCACCUUAAUUCUUAUCUACUGACAAUCACGUCCUCACAGGAAGACACUUUACUGUGAUGCAGCUCUUUUUAAAAAAACAUUUUAAAAGCAGAUUUUUAACAAAAUCAUCCACUUUUUUUGUUACGCUUUAAUAACUCCACUUGCACUUGAAAUGAUAUUGCUGAAGACAGUCGAUUUAAAAUAAAGUUAUUGCACUUUAAUCGUUUUGACCGUAAAUUAAACAAAUGUGUGAAAUGAUUUUGUAAUUUAUUUAUCAAAUACAGUCAGAUCAACCUCAUUGGUUACAGUUGAUAAAUUGAAGACAUCAAUGACCUGAGUUGCACAGGAUCUCACAGAUAAAAUGGCUGAACAGAAGUUGUACUUUCCUCCUAAGUUAAAGUAAAGCAGUACAAAGUCAAAGUGCACAAAAUGGCUCGUGAGACAUUAAAGGUACUGUUUUUUUCUGUAUUUAUCUAACACGUGACACAUCCUCCUGUUGGAUUCAAGCUGUUCUGGUCUACAGUUGUUGAUGGAAAUGUGCUAACAAAAAAGGGAAGAACUGACCGCGAGCAAAAAGGGGUGUAAACAGUGAACAAUUAAUUGAUAAAACUAAAUGUUUGCAGAAAACGCUUCCAUCAUGUUUGCUGGUCGUCCCAGAUACUCACAAUGCAUUCUGGUGACAAAACUGACUAUACCUUUAGUUUUGUUGUCCACAGUGCAGGUUUAAAUCUCAUCUCAUUGUGACGGUUUGUCAGAUAAUCAAAAAAGUUGUGAGUGAAACAGGUUUGAUAAAGGCAAACUUUCUCAAAUCUUUAUUAUUUGAUCAAAGUGUCUAUGCACAAGGUUGCCAGUGUAGCUCCAUUUGGUAUUUUCAAUUAUAGGAAAACCAUUCCUAAAGUUGAGACUAUACGUUCAACAUCACCAAUUGAUGUUUAUAAAAACUAAUGCCCUGUGCACUGUGUGAGACACUCCAAACCACCGUUUUUUCCUGCAAUGGUCAAUUUAGAGAUUUGGGCUAUUUUGCUUUCUUAACAUUGUCAGACUUAAAAUAAUUGUCUAAAUGUAAGUUAUCAACUGAGGAAAUUUCAAGUUGAUAUCUUUUAGUUCCUUUUAUUUCCCUUUUCAAAUGUAGUGUCUUCUAAAUUAAUGUUACUUUACAAUAUAUAUCUUUAAAGACUGUUCUCUGUUCUUAAAGACUGUUCUCAAUAAAUCUCCACAUCAGUAGCUCUUACAUAAACCAAACUUUACAGUUUCAUUCCUCUCUAUAUUCUGAAGGCUUUAAAUGAGGUUUGUUCAUAUAUCAUUCAUAAGCUGAUUUAUACAACAGGUUAUUACUAGAAACAUGGUGAAUAUUAUUAAAUCAUUGAAUG